AUGGGGAUGCACGGGCCGCUCAAUCCGGGACAUCACAUUUCCGGCCGCUACUCGCCGCCCUACCGGCCGCCAGAACGGAUGCGCUGCAUGACUUCCGCCUCGGGUAACUUUUUCGGCGGCUUCGAGGAUGGACUUCUUGCGCGGGCGGAGGCGCUUGCGGAUAUGUCCAAGUCUCCUCAGCACAUGAAGCAUGAGGGCAUGUAUGGACAUCCGGGCGGUGACAUGGGCAUGCACCAGUCGGGACCCUCUCGUCAGCAGAUGGGCAUGGGGCCGCCGUCGUUUGGGCCGCAUGACUCCAUGCUUGACCAGCUGAGUUCCAACCACGGUAUGCCGCUUCCGGGUAUGCCUGACCACCAUAACAUGGUGCCCGUGAGCUCGCACCACAAUCACCACCAGAUGUAUUCGCCAAUGUAUUCUCACCAGGCGCCCAUGCCCCACCCACACAACAUGCCGCCCCUCCACCAGGUCCACCACCCUAUGCACGACACCGAGUGCGACCCCAGGGAACUGGAAGCGUUCGCCGAGAGAUUCAAACAGCGCCGCAUUAAGCUCGGAGUCACGCAGGCGGAUGUUGGUUCCGCUCUGGCGAAUCUUAAACUUCCGGGAGUCGGGUGUCUGAGCCAGAGUACGAUCUGCAGGUUCGAGUCACUGACUCUGAGUCACAAUAAUAUGAUUGCGCUGAAGCCGAUACUGCAAACGUGGCUCGAAGAAGCGGAGAAAGCGGCCCGUGAUAAACUGGAGGCUGAGCAAAAUGGACUCAUAUCCGGCGCGGAUAAAAAGCGGAAACGAACCUCAAUCGCAGCGCCGGAGAAGCGAUCUCUGGAGGCGUAUUUUGCGGUGCAGCCCAGACCGUCUGGUGAAAAAAUUGCUCAAAUCGCAGAAAAACUUGACUUGAAAAAAAAUGUUGUGAGAGUGUGGUUUUGCAAUCAAAGGCAGAAGCAAAAACGUAUGAAAUUUUCAGCUGUAACGGGACAUUGA